AAUAAUGAAGAUUCAGUGCGACGUAUGCAGCAAAGACGAGGCGAUGCUUUUUUGCACCGCCGACGACGCCGCCCUCUGCUCCUCUUGCGACCACCGCCUCCACCACCAACAACAACCCGAUCUCCUCUCCUCUAAUCACCAUCGUUUCCCUCUACUCUACCCUAACAACAACAACAGCCAUUUUCCUCUUUGCGAUAUCUGUCAGGAGAGAAGAGCGUUCUUGUUCUGUCAGGAAGACAGGGCGAUUCUGUGCAAGGACUGCGAUGUUGCAAUCCAUUGGGCGAAUCAAGUUACUCGGAAUCACCAACGCUUUCUUCUUACUGGUGUUAAGCUUUCAUCAGCUGCUUUUUCAUUAUCUUCUUUACCUAAUUCCAAUUCGCACCAUGUAGGGGCUAAUGUUUCUUCUACUCCUGUCUCCGAUUCACCUUCCGUUGCUGAGAGUUCUACGGCCACUGCCUCCGCCGCCCACGGUUACGGGUCAAUGAAUGGUAUGGCGGAGUAUUUGAUUGAACCGCUUCCCGAAUGGCAUUUUGAAGAAUUUAUUGACUCUUCCUCUACUCCUACUACUGCUCCUCCUCAUCAUCAUCUUGCUUUCUCUAAGCUGCAGAGCGAUGAGGGUGAUUGGAUUUUUCCAUUUGUUGAUACUGUAGUGGAAUUAGAAAAAACCAUGACAGAUUCUCUAUCGCCGGAACACUGGAGGAUUUCAACUUCUGUCGAUAUCCUUCCUCUGCAUGUUUUGUUUACUAUUAAGUUGUGAGAUCAUCGUGACGGAGAAGAGAAAUGGAUGUAGCGGCGGCGGCAGCAGCGGCGGAGAUUGUACUUUGGUUGACACACCAUUAAGAUGUUCUUGAAAUCUCCUGCAUUUCAUUGCAAUGGGCAGGCCUUUUGCGCCUGCUCUUAUGUUUGUAUGUCUACUUAACAUUUUGAAUAAGAAAGAAGUUUGCUAUUC